AAGAUUUCCUUCUAUCAGUAAAGCCGUCUUCCAAUUGCUACUCAAGCCCAAAGAAAACCAUGGCUUUGACUGUGAGGAACUGACACGCCCUAGUAUAUGUUUUGGCCAUGGCGACGAUCUCUAGGGCCUCAUCAUCAGCACCACCUCAUCAUGUUCAGCUCCAUAGAAACUCAAUCCCAGUGACCUCGUCUUCUUCUUGGAAUUCGAGCCUAAACAUACAGUUUUGCAGAACUCGACGCGUUUGUGCUCUGAAAACGGAAGGAGGCAGGGUAAGUAGCAGCCAACACGCUUAUGCUCCCGGUUUGCUGAAGAAGCCGGUGGUGGUUGUUUCUCAGCCCCCUGAUAGAAAGGAAGAGGAAGAAGAUCAGGUAGAGGAGGAAGAGAGAGAUGGGUCUGAGUGCAAUCAGUGGGUGGAUUGGGAGGAUAAGAUUUUGGAGGACACUGUGCCUCUCGUUGGCUUUGUCAGAACCAUUCUUCAUUCUGGAAAGUAUAAGAAUGGGGAUAGACUGGGUCCAGAGCAUGAGAAAACAAUUCUCGAGAGGUUGCUUCCUUAUCAUCCCAGUUAUGAGACAAAGAUAGGUUGUGGAGUUGAAUCAAUCAUGAUUGGAUAUCAUCCAGAGUUCAAAGAAACCAGAUGUAUGUUUGUAGUUCGGAAGGAUGGAGAGUUGGUGGACUUCUCAUAUUGGAAAUGCAUAAAGGGUUUGAUCAGGAAGAAAUAUCCUCUGUUUGCUGACAGUUUCAUUCUCAGACAUUUUCGACGUCGCAGACAUGGAAAGAUUUGAAGCUCUUACAAACCAUACUUGAGCCUUUUCACACCGCUAAGCUCGAUGGUCAAUGGAAAAAUUUAUAAAAAAAAAAAAAAAAAAAAAAAAAAAAAAGCUCCCCAUGGUUAGAAAUUUCAAGCUACGUACAAGAUUCGGAAAUUACAAAUGCAUCUAUAGGGCUACUUAAAAUUUUCCAACUCAUUGCAUGUGGUUGAUCGACAUGUUUACUGCUGAAUGAAUUUCCAUUUUUCUUUUUUUUUCUUUUUAGUGUUGUAAUAUAAGGAAGCAAGAACCAGCUUACACCUUUUUCAUGGCCUCUGAAGCUUGAUUAAUUUGUCUGAUCUCUGAGGUCAUUCAUUCCUGCUGAGUGAAUCUGUAAUUUACAAAAUUCUGAAAUUUGGAGAAACGAUUAAUUAAUUCUUGCUAA